UCCAGUCCACCGGUGUCCAGUUUAACAGAGUAAAUGACGCUGCCUUUUGUCAGUUUCAUCUAAUGCCUCGAGCAGGAUUACCUAUCGGAUAUGAGGACAUGGUUUUCCGCCCCACCUGUUGAAGACUCACACAGAUGCCACUAAGGAGAGCUCGCAGGCCUGAAUGUGUGCAGCAGUCAACUGCGUCCUCCACCAGCGGGGAAACUGUGAGGCACUGGCAAAUCCUGAAAAGAUUCAUGGGGGGGUAUCAAUGUCGUCAAGUUCCCCCGGAUCCCGACCGCAUCACGUCCCCCAACAGACGGAAAUGGACUUAACCUGGCAAGAGCUGAUGGCAAUCACAGAGGAGUUUGAGGCUCCCGGUGAAAACCCAUUCGAACCCGUUGCGUACCAUCCCGCUGAGGCGGCGGCCGCUCUAGGAGGAUUUGGAAUGAGCCAGGCGCCAGCAGAGCCCCUUCUUCCUGGGUGCGGGACAAACCCCGCUAUGCCCUACGAAGGGUCCUACCCGGAGGCGAUGGCAGCCUGCCAGCGCAUGGGAAACUGUGCGGAGCCCCUGUACGAACGUCCCGGGGUCCAGGUGGGCUCUCGGUUGCUUCCUACCACAAACUCCAUACAGCCGCCGCUGAUGAACGUGCUGGACCACAUGGACUUAACAGGGCCCAGCGACAGGAACCCAGCGAUGGAGAGCGUGUGUCGAGCUCAGGUGUGCCCAAUGCCAGGGCAGGAAGAGAUUCUAAAGCAAACCCCUCCCGAUGACCUAGAGUCCGACUCGGGCCUCUCUCUUGGUUCCAGUCCCCCGGUAGCUUCACCAGGGAAUGUAAUAACAGGCGGUACAGCCUACAUGGGAACAGAGCUGACCCGGGGUUACAGUGACCGAGAGCCUAUGGAGGGUACGGUGGAACACGGUAGGAUGAGGCCAAACCUCUUCUACUCUAUGGACUACCAGCAUCCCAUGAACACGUACUCUUACCCAGCAGCCCCUUCUUCUUACUACCCUCCACCAUCCAGCCUUCCCCACUUUCAGCAACACCAGCGACUACAGCAGCCUUCAUCGCUAAAACAUCCACAUGUUCUGGCACCAGCCUUACAUGACUUGCAUCUCAAUGGGUCUGGUUUGCCUGGCAACAGGGUCGACUCCUUUCGGGGCACCUGUGGGAAGCUAAAGGGUGCCGCAGGGAUGCCAGCAAGGGGAGAAGGUCCUCUAAGCAGAGACGAGAGACGCGCGCUAGCGCUUAAAAUCCCUUUUCCGUUGGACAAGAUCAUAAACCUUCCUGUGGACGACUUCAAUGAGCUGCUGACCCAGUACACCCUAAACGAUGCCCAACUCACCUUGGUCCGUGACAUCCGGCGUCGUGGCAAGAACAAAGUGGCAGCCCAGAACUGUCGCAAACGCAAGCUGGAGAACAUUGUAAACCUGGAGGGGGAGCUGAACCAGCUUAGGGCACAGAGGGACCACUUGAUGAGGGAAGGGGCUGAAUACCAACGAAAUCUAGCCUUAGUCAGGCACCACCUCUCCGACCUGUACGUUGAGGUGUUUUCCCAGUUGCGGGAUGAGCAGGGCCUUCCCUAUUCCCUGGACCAUUACUCCUUACAGCAGGCCAAUGAUGGCAGCAUCUUUCUGGUGUCACACAACACCGCAGAGCUGGGAGAAUGACCGAUUUCCAACAUUUCAGCUUGCUAGAAGGGACACCAUCAUUUGGUCUCAGCCUUUUCAUCAUAAAGCGAUAGAUUUGAGACCAACUGCGGGAGCUUUGUCACAAUUGCAGAAAACGUGGUCGAGUACAUCUCCACUUAUUUGCGGAGCUGAAAUUCACCAGAAACAGCC